AUGCAUCUUUGUCUCCCUCUGUUUCCAUGCAUCUUUGUCUCCCUUUGUUUCCAUGCAUCUUUGUCUCUCUGUCUGUUUUUGUGUGUCUUUGUCUCCCUCUGUUUCCAUGCAUCAGUGUCUCCCUCUGUUUCUAUGCAUCAUUGUCUUCCUGUUUCCAUACAUCUUUGUCUCCCUCUGUUUCCAUGCAUUUGUGUGUCUUUGUCUCCCUGUCAGUUUCCAUCCAUUUUUGUUUCCAUGUUGUCUUAUUUGUCUGUUCCUUUUUCCUCUUGUCUAUGUUUCUCUAUUCUUUUUUGCUCAUCUGUCUGCCCAUUUCCUUCUACUUUUCUCUGCCUCUUCCUCUCUGAUUUCAAUUCCUCACUUGCUCUCUUGUUUUUUGUAAUUCUUGACACUCCUGUUCACGCUCUUUAUAUUUUCUUUUUAAAAGCUUUCCUCAGAAAUUGUCCUUCUAUCUUACCAAUUCAGUGCAAUCCAAGUAGUGAUCUUUUCCUCUGUUAA